GUCAGGAACCUGGUGGACUGGGGAAAGCUUCAAUUCAGCAGUUGGCAGUAUCAAAAUCCUCCCUCCUCCAUCCCCAAUUCAGGACUCGUGGCUUCUUUUCGCUUCACGACACCGUGUAAUCUUUGAAUCAACCGCUAUUUCAGAGUCUGAAUUCCCUCGAGAAGCCAGUGGUUCACUCUUCUGUCUUUACCACCCACUCCGGAGCUUCAAUUGCACUUUACCGUGACAUUUCCUCAUACACCGCAACCAUGGCGCACGCAGAAGCAGGCUCGCUUUAUCCCCCCCUCAACCAGCGUCCCAUCAAGAACACCGUCGUCCUUUUUGACGUCGAUGGCACCCUCACCCCCGCCCGACAAGACGCCUCCCCCGCCAUGCUCCAACUUCUCUCCGAACUCCGCCACAAAGUCGCCAUCGCCUUCGUCGGCGGCUCCGACCUCGUCAAGCAACAGGAGCAACUCGGCACCGCCUCCGUCAACGUGACCUCGCUCUUCGACUUCUGCUUCUCGGAGAACGGGCUCACCGCCUUCCGCCUCGGGGAGCCGCUGCCCUCCACCUCGUUCAUCCAGUGGAUCGGGGAGGAGAAGUACCAGGCGCUGGUGCGCUGGAUUCUGCACUACAUCGCGGAUUUGGAGAUUCCGGUGAAGAGGGGCACGUUUGUGGAGUUUCGGCAUGGGAUGAUUAAUGUGAGUCCGGUGGGGAGGAACGCGAGCGGGGAGGAGAGGCAUGCGUUCGAGGCGUAUGAUAAGGAGCAUGGGAUCCGAUCAAAGAUGGUAGAGGAGUUGAAGAAGGCGUUCCCGGACCUGGGAUUAACCUACUCCAUCGGUGGCCAAAUCUCCUUCGAUGCCUUCCCCACCGGCUGGGACAAGACCUAUUGCCUGCAGCACAUCGAGGCCGAGAAAACCCGCCCGGACGGCGUCGACUACUCCACCAUCCACUUCUUUGGCGACAAGACCUUCCCAGGCGGCAACGACUACGAGAUCUACGACGAUCCGCGGACGAUCGGGCAUAGCGUCAAGAACCCCGAGGAUACGGCCCGGAUUUUGAAGGAGCUGUUUUUCUCGUGAGCGAGCGGCAUGCCGACGGGGGGGUUGCUGAAGAUAAAUAGAGGCGUUCGGAGGGUGGGAUUGGUUAAUCAAAAGGUGUGAGGAAGCCCGGAAUAGAAAUCGGGGUAAUUCGCUGAAAGAGAAAUGGUGGUAACCUGAAUUAUGCGACGCUGGAGUGGCUAGCUAUACAAUUAGGUGAACCAAAAUCCGAGCAUGGAUCGCACCGCAUUAUGCACAACUUUCGCUGCGAUGGAACCGUCCUUUAUCUGCGUUGCACUGCUGCACACUUCAUAGUAUUCCUCCGCCAACCCUUUCAUUCACUCAACCAACUCCGUAC